AUGGAGCAGAACAACAACAACGUAGAAGAUUUCUCCUUGAAUGUUUUUUCUGUCACUCCUUAUCAGCCAAACAGAUCUGAUGUCCUGGUGUCAGAUGGGGAUAAAGCCGGCACUACUUUGCUCUUUUCAGGUGUGUUUUUGGGCCUGGUGGGGAUCACUUUCACUGUGAUGGGAUGGAUAAAAUACGAUGGCAUUACUCAUCUGGAAUGGACUCAGUUACUAGGACCUAUUCUGCUGUCUGUUGGGGUGACUUUUAUCCUGAUUGCUGUUUGUAAAUUUAACAUGCUUACAUGCAAGCCCUGCAAAGAAAGAGAGGAAAAUGUGUCAGACCUUGACCAGAUGGCAAGUGGACAGUCCUUUGUCUUCACUGGCAUUAACCAGCCCAUAACUUUCCAUGGUGCUACAGUGGUACAGUACAUCCCCCCGCAGUACCCAGUCCAGGAGGGCAUUGCUGUGAGUCCUGGCUGCCUUCACCCAGUGCUCAGCUGCUGCAGUGGUGUUUCCUCCAGCGCCUCACCAGUUCCCACCCUGGGCUCUGCUCUCUUCUGCUCUGACUACCCCCUGGAUAACCCAGCUUUCACUGGAGACGAGAACUACAUUGCUUAUCCUGCAGAGAAUACCAGGAAUCAGAGGUCAGAGGACAGCUCUGAUGAGCCAGAAGAAUUGCUGGAAGACUAUGCCUGUGAUGACUUGUCACCUCCACCUUAUGAGGAAAUAUACCCACUGUCUUCAUAA